AUAUGGUGUACCAAGAGGUUUGGUCCAAUGCUGCUGUGGGCCAACAGGAGAGGGAAGGCUGGGUGGGGGCAGAACAGAAGGGAGAGGACAGCAGGGCACACACUCUUCCAACACCUGCACCUGGUCCCUUGAUUCACACUCAAACAAACUCCCUUUCAAAGAUCAAUGGACCAAGCUCUUGCUCACAUCACGGUGAUGGUUGCUGCCAUCCAGGCUUAAACUUUUUUUUUGUUUUUGGAAAGAGUGGAACAAGCAUUCAGGGAUCAGCUGUGCUUUUCUGUAAUGUCGAAUGGGAGAAAUGCCGUCGGUUAACAGCGACUGAUUAGGCAGCUUGCUUCCCUUUCUUUCCUGAGGGGACUUUGCAAACCUAUCGGAUUGUUUUAUCCCUGCGCAGCGCUGCUGAGAGGAGAUUUUUUCCAGCCCGGAUCCGAGGCACAACACGCGGGGAAUGCAGCGGUAACAUCCCGCAACUUUUUGGAUCUCAGAUCUCGUCGCGGGUAUAUCGAGAAAGUCAGCAAGCAAAAGAUUUAGAUCUCUGUGGGCUACCUGCAUGACCGUUACCAUGACAGCCUCUGGAGCCCAACUCCUCCUGUUGGCCUUAUGUGUUUACAGAGUCUCAGGCCUGCAGCAGUCUUCUCCGCGGGUUCGCCUCUCCUUCAAAGAACUGAUGGACACGAGGGCAGCGCGGCCCUUCAGUUUCUCCUUCAACACCAGCGACUACCGCAUCCUCCUGAUGGAUCAGGACCAGGGCCGUCUGUACCUAGGCAGCCGGGAGUACCUGGUGGCUCUGGACAUGCACAAUGUCAACAAGGAGCCACUCAUAAUUCACUGGCCAGCGUCUGCUAAGAGAAAGGGAGAAUGUCAGAUGACAGGAAAGGGAAGACAGGGUGAAUGUGCCAACUUUGUGCGGUUGAUAGAGCCGUGGAACCGCACCCACCUCUACACCUGUGGAACGGGGGCGUACCAACCUAUCUGCACAUUCAUCAACAGAGGCUGGAGGGCAGAGGACUACCUGUUUAGGCUAGUCCCUGGGUAUGCAGAUUCAGGGAAGGGAAAGUGUUCCUAUGAUCCCAAACAGGAGAGCAUUGCAGUUCUGAUCAAUGGUAACCUAUAUGCAGGGGUCCAUAUUGACUUCAUGAGUACAGAUGCUACUCUGUUCAGGACCAUGGGAGGGAGAACAGCAAUCAGGACAGAGCAGUAUGACUCCAGAUGGCUCAACGAGCCUGUGUUUGUUCAGAUCCAGCAGAUCCCUGACAGUGCAGAAAGGAACGACGACAAGCUUUACUUCUUUUUUCGGGAGAAGAGUCUAGACUCGAGUGGCGGGGCGAGCCCCAGCGUUUUAGCCAGGGUUGGAAGAGUGUGUCUGAAUGAUGAAGGAGGCCAGAAGUCCCUGGUGAACCGCUGGACGACAUUCCUGAAGGCCCGUCUUAUCUGUUCAGUGAUAGGAGAAGAUGGAGUGGAGACACGUUUCGAUGAACUACGGGAUGUGUUUAUUCAGCCCACACAGGAUGAACGAAACCCCAUGGUGUACGCUCUCUUCACUACUGCGGGCUCUGUGUUCAAGGGCUCAGCCGUUUGCGUGUACUCAAUGGCUGAUAUCCGCAAUGUCUUCAAUGGACCGUUUGCCCACAAGCAUGGCCAUAACUACCAAUGGACAGAGUACACUGGCAAGAUUCCCUACCCACGGCCUGGAACAUGUCCAGGAGGAACCUUCACUCCUGGUAUCCGUUCCUCCAAGAACUUUUCAGAUGAGGCUGUGAAUUUCAUCCGAGCUCAUCCCCUCAUGAUCCAUCCAGUUUACCCAAUCCACCGCUGCCCCCUGGUGGUGAGAACCGGCGUGGACUACCGAUUCACUGCCAUGGUGGUGGAUCAGGUGGACGCUGUGGAUGGACGCUAUGAGGUUCUCUUCCUGGGGACAGAUCGAGGCACUGUCCAAAAGGUUAUCGUUUUGCCAAAGGACCCGACAAGCAUGGAGGAACUGACGCUAGAGGAAGUGGAGGUUUUCCGGUCCAGAGCUCCAGUCAAAACAAUGAAGAUAUCCUCUAAAAGACAACAGCUGUACGUGUCAUCGGACGCGGGGCUGACCCAGGUGUCGCUGCACCGCUGUGGCGUGUACGGCAGGGCCUGCUCUGACUGCUGUCUGGCUCGAGACCCCUACUGUGCCUGGGAUGGAGAGAGCUGCUCUGCCUUCACCCCGUCCACCAAGAGGAGGAGCAGAAGACAGGAUGUCAAACAUGGUGACCCACUGAGGCAGUGCAGGGGCUUCAAUGCCAAAGUGGAGAAACGUCUGAGAGAAACCGUGCAGUUCGGGGUGGAGGGCAGCAGUACCUUCUUGGAGUGUCAGCCUCGCUCUCCUCAGGCCACCGUCAAGUGGCUUUUCCAGCGGGAAGGAAAGAGGAAAGUGACUCCUGCUAUUUCAUUCCCUUUUCUGCAGCUCAACCGUGUCGGAGGGAUUCUAAAGACCAAUCACGGUAUCCUCCUGAAGUCUCUCAACCAAUCAGACGCGGGGCUCUACCAUUGCCUUGCCACUGAGAACAACUUUAAGCACACCGUGGCCCGCGUGGCACUGCGCAUCCUGGAUCGAGACAUCGUUUUAGCGCUCACUGCUCAAGAUGAGGAUGAAGAGCCCCAAACCCGCCAAGCUGGACCUUACACGCAGUCAUCUCUCUUCUCCACACCCUUCCCACCUGAGAUUAGACUGAUUAACCAGUACUGCCAGUCCUACUGGGAACAACUCAGUCCCAAACAGCAACAACAGCAGCAGCAGCGUAAGCGCACCAGCCGCAGGCACACAGAGGGCCAGGACCAAGGCCUCGGCUAGAGGACAGGACAGACGCUGUCCAACACCGGCCUGUGUGGACUAUUCUGGUGGACCUUUAUGUUUUGACAUGCAUCUUUGUGUGUCACCUCCAUUCAUUCAGGUGAUGCUGUCAUGCUGUUGUUAAAGUACUAUAUUUGUGGUUUUGCAAGUGUCAGUUUCGCGAAUACAAAAUGUGUGUAUUUCACAUUAUCUGUCACCACUUCCCAAAGAUUGCUGUACAUAUUUAGAUUGUCCAUGUUUCAGGUGUCAGCUUGUGUUAGUCUGACAUUUCAAUUUUUUGGCAUGUUCAGAUGCUCGUGGGAAACCCCAGCAACGGUUGUCUUGAGAAUCACUCUGGAAGGUCAACGUUUGUGGUGCAAGAAUCAAAAAAAAGAAAAAAAAAAAAAAUGUAAUUUUUCCCACAACAUCCAUGUUUGCUUAUUAUGUGUCUUUUAGAUUUCAUUUUCCGACUACACAACUAGUGAGAGCACAGAUUUUCAGCUGCGGAUUUAUUAACGAUUGUCCUUGAAUGCAACAAACAAAGAGUUCCGUAAACAAGACUGCUCAUUGUGAUGGAUCGUGUAUUUAACACAAGUUUGUCGUUGUACAGGAAACUGGUAAACUGACGUUGCGUGUAGUUAACAGGCUUCAACAGAACAGGUAUGUUACCGUCAAGUAUCUUGAAACAAAAAUGUAAUAUAUUGGUUGUGAAUAUAAUAUAUAUAUGGUCAUUGGAUUACUCUUGAUGUAUGAUAUAAAUGCAUAUGUUGCAUGCAUCAUAUGUUUGUUGCAAGUUGUACAUUUUACUCAGUGUGUAAUGAUGUUUGUACGGUGUAAUGUUUUUAUUGGAUGUUGUCAUAUAAUGACUCCCUUACUGUCCUGUGCUCUAGUGACCUACAGUAUGUGAGUGUUGAAGAUAUGCAUAGCAUACAGUGUUCUUCCAGUUAUGCACUUUGUCGGUGGUGGUAUUCGAGGGAAUUUGGGAUCUUUGCACAGUAUGAGAAAAUAUAACAGGAACAUAAUCUUUUUUUUCCAUGUACAGUAUGUUAUUACAAAAAUGGGAAUGGAACUGGCCCAGAUUUAAUAUUGAUAGUUUUGUCGUAUGCUGUAUUUACAGUUUUUUAAAAAGGCUCUUUAUAGUGGAAAUGUCGGAUCCAGAUUUGUUUUCCCCGUCAUCGUGAGUAACACUGUGCCAUGUGCUGCCAUGCUGAUGAAUCCUACACUGGAAAUGAUCAAGCUCAUAGUAUAGAAACAUUUCAGAAUUCUCUUAAACUUCUUUAUUUUAACUUUCAAGUCCUUUAUAUUUAGUUGUUCGUUAAUCACCUCAAGUCAUAUUCCAGUUUUAUUAUUAAUUAUUGAACCUGAAAUAAAACCAAUGUACCAGUAUUGCAAUUCCGAGGUUUAUAACCAAAAUCCCAGUUGAACUAAAUCCACACAAACAAGAACUUCUGUCAUCAGUCAUCCCAUUCGUCGUCGUCUUCGUCUUCAUCUCCACCCUCAUCUUCACUUUCAUCUGAGAGAGAGGACAGAUAUAAAGAUAAAGUAUGAGGCUUUUUUUGGUUCAACUCUUCUGCAAUGUAGGGUGUAAUGACUGUUCUAAUAUUUACCAGAGGAAUGGAUGGCUUUACUCCUCUUCUGCAUGACCAUCAUGAGGGCACCAACGAUGCCCUCGCCUGACUCUGGUGGUGUGGGUGGAGCUGCAUCAGGACUGUCAAUCACCUAAAACACACCGGGACAAGAGGACAGGCGUUUGAACAUGACCAUAAAUAUCUAAUAUCCAAAACUAAAUUGGACUUAUUACGCAUUUCGCCAUGUCAAUCCAGACUUGUGUACUUCUAUAGCAUGUAUUAAAUGUUUUUCUGAGAAAAA